UAUUACGCUGCACCGGAGAGAGGACGGGUCGUUCACGUGGAGCCGCUCGCUAUGCCAGGUCUCGGACGGGUUCAAGGAGACGACAUGUCGCUGUAGGUGAUAUUAAGAAGAAUAAAUAAUAAUAAUACAGGUAUUCGUUCGUUUCCUUCCAGCGUAGAGGCUCGUUUGUACAUGCUGUCCGUCUAAAUUGGAUACCGAAGGGGGCGGGAGCAACAAGUGGAGUUUGGCGCCGGAGAGGCCGAACAUUUCUCACCGUCGACCAGCUAUGGAGGAGCGGAAGGAGCCCAAUGGCAGCCGGGACUCGACCGAAGAGGAGAGCAUGUCUCUGUCGCCGAACCUCCCAUCCCCGCCCGUGAUUUUACCCCACCAGGCGGCCCAGCAGGCCCACCACCGCACCACGAACUUCUUCAUCGACAACAUCCUCCGGCCGGACUUCGGCUGCCGAAAGGAGCCGAGCUACCGAGACCGGAGCCAGACGCCGGGCAGGGAAAACGUCAACCCGCUCGGUGCGAGGCCGCCGCCGCCGCACACCGGCAGCCUCUGCCUGGACUCCAACUGCAGCAGCGACAGCGCCUCUUCGUCGCCCUCCUCCUCCUCUUCCUCCUCUUCUUCCUCCUCCUCGUCGUCGUCGUCCACGUCCUCGUCGCCCUCGUCCAAGCAGAAGUCGUCCAAACAGGGCGAAGCGGCGGGCAACGGGACCGGAGGCUCUCCGCCCAUCACGAAGGAAAGCCAGCCCAUGUUGUGGCCCGCGUGGGUUUACUGCACGCGCUACUCGGACCGGCCCUCAUCUGGCCCGAGGACACGCAAACUGAAAAAGAAGAAGAGCAGCCCCAAGGAGGACAAGCGGCCCCGGACCGCCUUCACGGCCGAGCAGCUGCAGAGACUGAAAACCGAGUUCCAGGCCAACCGGUACAUAACGGAGCAGCGGAGACAGUCCCUGGCCCAGGAGCUCAACCUCAACGAGUCCCAAAUCAAGAUCUGGUUCCAGAAUAAGAGGGCGAAGAUCAAAAAGGCCACCGGCUACAAGAACGGCCUGGCCCUGCAGCUCAUGGCCCAGGGACUGUACAACCACUCAACCACCACCGUGCAGGAGGAAAAGGAGGAGAGUGAUUAGAAAGGGCCCGGAUGUGGCCCAGCUGAGGGCCUCGAACCUGACUCUUUUGGGCUUUUGGAGAUAAUGAACAAACAAACAAACAAAAAAUGAACUGGAAGUGGAAGUGGAGGAGACGCUAUUUAAAAAAAAAAAACACACAGAUUUCUGUUAAUGGUGACAGUAUAUGGACAUAAUUAUAUAAAUGAACGAUCGUUAUUAAAGUUUAUAUAGCCAAAACAGUUAUCAUGUUGUAUACAGUAUAUUUAAUUUCACCUCUCACCCCGGACCCUUUCCGUCUGUCCUCAUUGUUUCUAGGAAGUCGAUCUGGCUCUAUAGGGUUUUUUUUUUCUUUUUUUUUGUGGUCCCCCAUGUCCCCCUCACAUUAGCGCCACGUUUUCCUUCAACACGUCGGUCCGCAAACUCAAAACAAGCCAAAGAUUUUAAUAUGUUCACUGUAGUCUGAAAUAAAGAGAGAGAGA